AUGACUAUGGAAUCUGAACAACGACUUUCAUCAUCGGAUUCAACAAUCGUUGGUAUUGUUGAGAACAUCAGAAAAAGUGCUAGUGAUUCAUGGAAUUAUCGUGGUCUAGAACUUUCAAAUGAGAUGCUUGUUUUACUUAUAAGUCAUCCAAAUAUUGAUAAAGCUGCUGCUGCUCUUGAUGUAACGAUUGGUAGUUUAGCUGAUCCAAAAGAUAUUCCUGGCAUUGCUCAUUUUCUUGAACAUAUGCUUUUUAUGGGUAGUUCAAAAUAUCCAGAUGAAAAUGAAUAUUCAAAAUUAAUAGUAGGAAAUGGUGGUUGUUCAAAUGCUUUUACAAGUGAUGAUCAUACGAAUUUUAAUUUUGAUAUUAAUCCAAGUUUAUUAGCAGAUGCACUUGAUAUUUUUGCUCAAUUUUUUAUUUCACCACUCUUUGCUGCAUCAUCGAUCGAUCGUGAAUUAGAAGCAGUUGAUUCUGAAUAUGAAACAAAUUUAUUUAAAGAUACAUGGCGUAUUUCUCAAUUAGAAAAAUCUACAUCAGAUCCAAAACAUCCAUAUUCAGGAUUUUCUAUUGGUAAUAGAGAAUCAUUAAGAAUAAUACCUAAACAACGUGGAAUUGAUAUUCGACAAGUAUUGUUGGAUUUUCAUAAAACUGAAUAUUCAUCAAAUCGAAUGAGUUUAGCUGUACUUGGCAAUCAAUCACUCGAUGAACUUCAAUCACUUGUUAUUAAAAGUUUUAAAGAGGUACAAAAUAAAAAAUUGGAAAAACCAAAAUAUUUUUCUGAUCCAUAUGGUGAAAGCAAACGAAAAACAAUUUGCUAUCAUGUUCCUGUGAACGAAUCUCGGCAAUUAACAAUCAAUUGGGUUAUACCUGAUCAAAGGGAAUUAUAUUAUUGCAAACCUGAAUCAUAUCUAUCACAUUUGAUUGGACAUCAAGGUGAUGGUUCAUUAUCGUCAUAUUUAAAAACAUUGGGUCUUGCUAUUGAAUUAGUAGCUGGUGAAAGUAAUUCUGCACCUGGAUUUAAUUUUUUUUCUAUUAGUAUCCAACUAACUAUUGAAGGAUUGAGUCAGUGGGAACGAAUUCUUUAUAGUGUUUAUCAAUAUUUGGCUAUGUUACGUAAAGAAGGACCAAAAGAAUGGAUUUUUAAUGAAGGCAAAAAUAUAAAUCAAAUGGAAUUUCAAUUUGAAGAAAAAGGACAGGCGCGUUAUAUUGUAUCAAAUUUAGCUGGUAGAAUGAGGGAUUAUCCAUUAAGUGAAUGUUUAUCCGGUCCAUAUGAAAUGCGUGACUUUCGUCCAGAUUUAAUAAAUGAACUUCUUAAUGAAUAUUUAAUUCCAAGUAAAAUGAGAGUAUUUCUCACAAGUAAAGAGUUUCUAUCAAUUGCAAGAGAAAAAGAAAAAUGGUAUGGUACACAAUAUAAACAAGAAUAUUUAUCAGAAGAACUUAUUAAACAAUGUGAAACAUGUGAAAUUAAUCGUGAACUUUAUUUACCAAUACCAAAUCAAUUUAUUCCAACAGAUUUUCAAUUGUUUUCUAAAAAGAAAAAUCUUGCACGACCACAAAUACCAACAAAGGAAAAUGAAUAUUAUCGUCUUUAUUAUGCUGAAGAUUCAUUUUAUAGAUUCCCUAAAGCUUAUAUUUAUUUUGAAUUUCGAAAUCCAUUAGUAUACGUUGAUCCAAUACAUUCCAAUUUAACUACACUUUAUGUUGAAUUAAUUAAUGAUUCAUUAGCUGAAUUUGUCUAUCCAGCACAACUUGGAGGUUUAGACUAUGAAUUAUAUGAUUGCAAUGAUAGUAUUCAAUUAAGUAUUUCUGGAUUUAAUCAUAAAAUAAAAGAAUUACUUAAUAUAAUUAUUGAUCAUAUGAUUAAUAUUAAAAUAGAAGUAGAACAAUUUGAAAUAAUUAAAGAAAAAUUUAAACAGUCAUUACAAUUUUUUCGUCGUUGUGUUCCUUCUACAAUGGCAAAGUUUGGUCUUACGUAUUUAACAGCUGAAUAUGACUGGAAUAAUAAUGAAUUACUUAGUUGUCUUGAUGAUAUUACAAUGCAUGAUGUAGAAUCAUUCAUUACUCGAGUAUUAAAACGUUUUUAUAUUGAUUCAUUAAUGUAUGGAAAUUUAACAAAAAAUCAAGCAAUUGAAUAUAUGACUUUAGUUGAACAAAAAUUUCAAGAAAAAUCUUUUUACCAACCAUUUUUUCCUAGUAUGUGGUUUAAUCAACGUGAAUUAAUAUUACCUGAUGGUUGUAAUUAUGCAUAUACAAUGUUUAAUGAUGCAUAUAAAUUAAAUUCAAUCAUUAUAUAUUUACAAUGUUUUCAAGAAACACUUGAAAAUAAUGCUUUACUUGGAUUAUUUUCUUAUUUAGUUAAACAACCUUGUUUUAAUCAAUUACGAACUAAAGAACAGUUAGGUUACAUCAUUAAUUCACAAUUAUGGCGUUCAUGUGGUGUACAAGGUUUUAGUGUUACUGUCCAAUCAGCCCGAGAACUUGGUUAUAUUAAUCAACGUAUUGAAUUAUUUAUUGAUUCGAUAAGAGAUUAUAUUAUGACAAUGUCUGAUGAACUAUUUAAAAAACAACGUGAAGGUUAUAUCGUUAAAAAAGUGGAAAUACCAAAAAACAUGCAUGAUCAAGGAAAUCAGUUUUGGAAUGAAAUAAUUAGUCAUCAAUUUUAUUUCGAUCGUCCUCCACUUGAAACUGAAAUAAUAAAAACAUUAGAACGUGAUGAUUUACUUCGUUUCUAUGAUCAUUACAUAUCACCACGUUCAAUUUAUCGACGUAAAUUAUCUGUCCAUGUUAAUCCAUCUUCAUUUGCACUUCAAAUGCAAACUAAUGAAACAAAUACUGUCGAAAAUGAAGAUGAAUUAACAGAUAUUAUUCAUGAAGAAUCGUCUUCAAUCAUUAAUGAAGAAGAUAUUGCUGUAACCAUUGAAACAAGUCAUGAGACAAUUCAAUCAACUGAACAGCCACCUAUUAUUGAUAAAUUAACUGAAACAGAAAAUAUUUUAGUUAAACAAGAGAUUGAUUUACCAGAGUUUGAAUGGAUCGACAAUGUUCAUAUAUGGAAAAGUAAAUUGUUAUGUUACCCACUUGCUCAAUCAUAUGAAAAACUUGAUGUACCUGUUCUCUAUAAAUUAUAA